AUGGCAACUACUGAAUCUAACGCUACAACUGCCCAAAAGUGCCGCGAUAUUCUUGAGACUUUGGAACAAAACUAUAGUGGUCUUUUGACUCAGUAAGUGGCAUGGAUAAUAUUGUUUUUUGAGUUUUAGCUUUGUUUGACGCUUUUAAUAAUUAAAGAAUUGUACAAUAAACAAGCAUGUUGAUCUAAUGUUGAUUUAAAAAUUUAAAACAUAAUGUUUUGUUGCUUUAGAAUUCAUCAACGAACAGGAACACCAUCAACGAAUCAGGCAAAGGUUACACAGAUCUAUACUUGUCUUGUAAAUCUUAAGAACGCUGUAGAAAAUUUGCCAGACAUUGACCAGGAUUUGGAAAGUCAGAUCAGUGAAAUUGGCAGCUUAAGGGAACGUUUGGAGAAGAAGAAUGAGUUCAUCAAGCGCCUCCAAUCCGGAGAGUUCAACAAAUAUGAAGGAGAAGGUAAUUUUUGAUGUUUUCUUUGGCUUCUAGGUAUCAAAUCUUUAUAAGAUCUUCUUGAAAAGUUGCAGUACAUUUUUUUGUUGUUAUAGAUAUGUAA